AGGAGGAGGAGGAGGAGCGGUUUAGAUGUGAAAUAAAGAUCGCUUGAGAUCGACUGAAUAAAUAAAUAAGCGCACAGUUCACGCCGAUCGAGGGGAGAUACUGCGGGAGGAGAGCGAGAGACGGGGGCAUUGAUCCGAAACUGGAAUAUCGGGACAGAAGGCAAGCCUCAGAAAUGGCAUCUUCUCACAUUAAAGGGGAGGCGACUGAACUGGAACCUGUGUCCAUUAAAGGGGAGGCCCCUGAACUAGAACCUGUCUGCAUUAAAGGGGAGGCCCCUGAACUAGAACCUGUGUCCAUUAAAGGGGAGGCCCCUGAACUAGAACCUGUGUCCAUUAAAGGGGAGGCCCCUGAACUAGAACCUGUGUCCAUUAAAGGGGAGGCCCCUGAACUAGAACCUGUCUGCAUUAAAGGGGAGGCCCCUGAACUAGAACCUGUGUCCAUUAAAGGGGAGGCCCCUGAACUAGAACCUGUGUCCAUUAAAGGGGAGUCCCCUGAACUAGAACCUGUCUGCAUUAAAGGGGAGGCCCCUGAACUAGAACCUGUCUGCAUUAAAGGGGAGGCCCAUGAACUGGAACCUGUCCCAAUUAAAAGGGAGGCCCCUGAACUAGAACCUGUGUCCAUUAAAGGGGAGGCCCCUGAACUAGAACCUGUGUCCAUUAAAGGGGAGGCCCCUGAACUAGAACCUGUCCCAAUUAAAAGGGAGGCCCCUGAACUAGAACCUGUCUACAUUAAAGGGGAGGCCCCUGAACUGCUACCUGUUAAACCAGCAGUAUCUGAGAAUGAGGCUUUAUUAUAUGAAGCAGCGUUAGGGAAAAGACACCAGCGAAUUCACACAGGAGAGAAACCGUAUCGCUGCGCUGACUGUGGGAAGAGUUUCACUCAAUUUAGAGUUCUUAAAAGACACCAGCAGAUUCACACGGGAGAGAAACCGUAUCGCUGCGCUGACUGUGGGAAGAGUUUCACUCAAUUUAGAGUUCUUAAAAGACACCAGCAGAUUCACACGGGAGAGAAACCGUAUCGCUGUGCUGACUGUGGGAAGAGUUUCACUCAAUUUAGAGUUCUUAAAAGACACCAGCAGAUUCACACGGGAGAGAAACCGUAUCGCUGUGCUGACUGUGGGAAGAGUUUCACUCAAUUUAGAGUUCUUAAAAGACACCAGCAGAUUCACACGGGAGAGAAACCGUAUCGCUGUGCUGACUGUGGGAAGAGUUUCACUCAAUUUAGAGUUCUUAAAAGACACCAGCAGAUUCACACGGGAGAGAAACCGUAUCGCUGCGCUGACUGUGGGAAGAGUUUCACUCAAUUUAGAGUUCUUAAAAGACACCAGCAGAUUCACACGGGAGAGAAACCGUAUCGCUGCGCUGAGUGUGGGAAGAGUUUCACUCAAUUUAGAGUUCUUAAAAGACACCAGCAGAUUCACACAGGAGAGAAACCGUAUCGCUGCGCUGACUGUGGGAAGAGUUUCACUCAAUUACAAAGCCUGAAACUUCACCAGCGAAUCCACACAGGAGAGAAACCGCAUCGCUGUGCUGAGUGCGGGAAGAGCUUCACUCAAUUUGGAGUUCUUAAAAGACACGGUCUAGUUCACACAGGAGAGAAACCGUAUCGCUGCGCUGACUGUGGGAGCAACUUCACUCAGUCAGAACAUCUUAAAAGACACCAGCGAAUUCACACAGGCGAGAAACCGCACCGCUGUGAUCAAUGCGGGAAGAGCUUCCAUCACUUACAAAAUCUUCAAACGCACCAACAGAUUCACACAGGAGAGAAACCGUACCACUGCACUGAGUGUGGGAGAAGCUUCAGUCAGUUACAGUAUCUUAAAAGACACCAGAGAAUUCACACAGGAGAGAAACCGUAUGUCUGCGCUGACUGUGGGAGGAGCUUCAGACAGUUACAGUAUCUUAAAAGACACCAGAGAGUUCACACAGGAGAGAACUGAUACCCUUUAAGAAAUGUACAAUAUCUUAACAGAAUGAGAGGAAGUAACCAUGACGAUGUAGUGAAAGAGGAUAUUUAAAUAUCAGGAGAGAUUGUGGAAGUCAGGAAUGACGUGGCAGCAGCCCGUUCUGAAGUGAGGCAGCGGCGCUUCACGGGUCACUGCGAAGGGAUUCAGGACAUCCUCCCUUGCGAUUCACUCCCGGGGCGUGCGAUUCAGGUUCACUGACGACAUCUUCACAACGAGACCGGCUGAUUUAUCUAGAAGAACGUUCUGCUCUAGAUAUCCAGAGCACGGCAUUCUCAUCUGUGGACCAGACGCGGAAUCAGAAUACGAGAGAGAUUGAUAAUAAAUGAUUCCUCUCAGUAUUGGAGAAAUAAAUCAUUUGAUUCUGUCAAGGCGGGCGGCUGCAUGGAAACACAAGAAGCACCCAAACUCUGAAAACGGUAAAUCACACCGAAGGGCUCACAGAACCCCAUUAUUACAUUCGUUUCAGUUAGGAAGAUGAUAUCUAAAAUCUCUUGCAGUAUUUUUUCGUGCAUCCCCAGUUUCCGAUGAGCUGUCGUGGAGGUGUGAUAAAGGGGCUUAUCAUUUUCUGUUUGUUUUCCAUGUAAUUCAUUGAAUCGUCUUUCAUUAUU